AUGAGAGAGCUUGAGGGGCAAGUAAACGCCCUCAAGCAGAUGUGCAAGCGCAAUGGCGCAGCGAGCAAUGAAACAUCGGGAACAAUUUUUGGCUACGAAAAUCUGAAAGGACAUCACGUGAUCAAAUACGGCUCUCCAUUUAAGGAAGCAGUCCUCAACAAUAUUCUAAGGGCAUACGCCCCGACAAACAGAGUGAAACACAAAACAGUCCUUGUCAUCACGGAGUUCAUGCGCACAGUAUUCAAACAGAAUAAAAGCUUGAAGACUGAGGUAGAGACUGAAGUAGAAAAUGGCUUUCUUAAACUAGAAAAUGCGCUUGUUGUCAGCAAAAGCUUCUUGAAGAUUUGCGCGCCGAAUCCAUCCGACAUAUGGAAUUAUGCGCAUCGGACUUCAAACAUCUCACGCAAACAAUAUUUGAUCGACCUGCCGGAAUCCCUCACUAUAACACUUAUAGACUUUGCGCUGGAUGCACUGGAUCUAGGGCACUACGAUUUGCAAGGAUACAGGCUCGAUGCUUUGAGAAAUUCUCGCGAUAGUUUUUGGCUAUCGUUAGGCGAAAGUGACGACGAGCGUGACAAAAAAUUCAACAGCCUUCUUGAGAAGAAGUCAUACUGGAGUUGUCAAAUUGGAAUCUGCAUCUCCAAAGCGCUAAGUCCAACUCCGUGCAGAAGGGAUUUGGAAGAGAAGAUAAAGCGCGAAUGUCGAAGGAAUAGAGAAGAAUGGUGCUGCACAUGA